AUGGGUUCGGCUGUACAAGAACUUGGAACAUUAAAUUCAUUUUAUCUACUUAAUACAAAUAUAAAAAUUCAAGAAUAUAAUAUACAAGACGAAUACAGUGGUGCUCAAAAGGCAGCAUUACAAAAAAUUAUUAAACAUGAAUUUGCUGAAUGGGCAUGUGGUGUUGAUUUAGCAUUAGGGACCUAUUUACCAUUAGAUGUCGUUGGUCCCGAACGUACAUAUCAACUUAAAGAAGAAAAGAAAUAUCGAUCAAUAUUAACAGAAUAUGCCAUUAAUGAUGUUUUCGUAGUUACCAAAUUAUCUUAUAAAUUAAAUUUAAUACAAUUUUUAUCAACAAAUGAUUAUGAAGAUGUUUCCGACCAUGAAGACAAUAUUAAUUUACAACAAGAAGUAUCAAUUAAUAUACCAUCAACAUAUGAAUAA